AUGACUACUCCUCCUUCUUCUCCUCAGGCAGAUGCCGACUCCUCCGAGGCUGCAGCCGCCGCCGCCGCCGCGCUCGCCGACGGCGCCGCUACAGCAGCCCUCCCUACUGAUCCCAGCGUCAAGGCGGAGUAUCAUGCAGUCACUAACUGUGUGGCUGAGUCCUGCUGGCUUCGCCAACUCCUCCUCGAGCUUCAUCGCCCCCCUCGUCGAGCUACGAUUGUGUACUGUGAUAAUGUGAGUGCCGUAUAUCUCUCGUCUAAUCCCAUCCAGCAGCAGCGCACGAAGCAUGUGGAGAUCGACCUGCACUUUGUACGAGACCGUGUGGCCCUCGGGGAGGUGAAGGUGUUGCACGUCCCGACGGCAUCCCAGUUUGCUGAUGUUUUCACCAAGGGGCUUCCAUCCUCGGUGUUUCGGUACUCUGCUUUCAGAGAAUUGCAAUACGUGGGAGAUGGAUGUGAAGUUGAGCCAGGUGACAAGAGGGGCACUGUAAAAUUUGUUGGCCAAGCUGAACCCCUUGGACAUGGAUUUUGGGUUGGAGUGCAAUACGAUGAGCCACUCGGAAAGCACGAUGGCAUGGUGAAAGGCGUCCGCUUCUAUGUGUGCCCUCAAGGGCAUGGAGCAAUUGUCCAGCCAGAGAAAGUAAAGCAUUAUUUAACAGUGUACUAUAUGUCACCCUUUGCCACCAUGAUACUAGCUCUACCAGCAAUAUUGCUCGAAGGAGGCGUUGUAAUCAACUUGUUCUACACUCACGACCCCAUCUUUUCUAUGCUGAUUAUCAUCCUCGGCUCAGGGGUGCUCAACUUCUCCAUCUUCGACGUGAUCUGUUCAACCACAGGGUGCCCUUCAAUGUUACUGGCAAUCUUCAAAAGCUGAAUUCCAAGUUUCCCCAGAUGGUGUCUUGUGUCAACUUCAUACGAUCUUCCAUCAGAGCUUACGGUGCAAUCUGCAUGGUCAAGGCGAAGCCAUUGAUCAAGUCGAGUCCAAGGACCAUUGGAAGAGGAUUUCCCCCAUGCCAUUUGGCGUUCUACAAGAACAUUGUGCUCGGAAAUGACACUCCGGCCUCCUUCACUCCUGCAACCACAUGUACCAUGGCAUCAUCGUGUGCUUCUUACUACCACAUGUUUCCUGUAAAAAAUAAGUAGUAGAGUUGUGAUGUUGCUGCCUAUAACAUCUUUUCUGAUUCAGUGUGAUGCACUUGUUCUGCAGUGGUUAGUUUGGAGCAAGCAUUUUGAGUGGUGGGAUACUGACAGUGCUUAGUUUCAACAAUUUUGGUUUCUGUUCUAGCAUUUUAUAGGAUCGUCUUUCUUUCUAAAAUUAUUAGUUUCAUUUCGA